UUCAUGAAAGGUGAUACAGAGCACUUCACAAAUGUGAAAGAAUAUAUUCCUCAUUAUGAAACAUUCAUAAAAGGUGAUACAGAGCACUUCACAAAUGUGAAAGAAUAUAUUCCUCAUUAUGAAACAUUCAUAAAG